GUGGCCACAUCCACUUUAAAGAGUAGUGCUAGUCAAGGAACCAAAUCUGUAUCAUAUAAUUUUAUAAAUAGUAACAUUAAAACUUCACAACAAUCAGAAGCAUCAACUACUUCAUUCGCUAUACCAAAUAGUAAAGCACCAAUAAAUUCAAAUAAAAAUAGUUUUAAAUCAAUCCAAGUUAAUUCUAAUAAUAAUAAUAAUAAUAAUAAUAAUAAUAAUAAUUAA